GUUUCGCCUUUCACCGGGGGUUUCACCUUUCACCGGGGGUUUUGUCUUUCGCCGGAACUCUGCCGUUUCACCUAGGGGUUUCGCUUUUGGCCAUUCACGUAAACGGUUUCGCCUAACGGCUAUGGGCAUUGGUAUUACUGUUAUUGCCUUUCAGACUUUAAAUUAUAAAUAUAAAAAACACGAAUCAAAUAAAACAAAUGAUCAAGUGACAAAACACACCCUUCCACUUAGAGCACUAUCUCGAUUAUGGGGAAAAAUUAACAAUGAAUACAAUUUACCUGUUUGGAUGCGAGAACCUUUUUAUAAACUCUAUAGUUGGUUAUUUGAUUGUAAUUUGGAUGAAAUUGAAAAUCCUGAUCUUAGAACCUAUCCAAAUUUAGGCUCUUUUUUUUACAGAUCAUUAAAACCUGGUGUACGACCAAUAGAUAACGCUAUUCUUAUAUCACCUGCUGAUGGCAGAAUCCUUAGUUUUGGAUUAGUAAACGACGAAAAGGUAGAGCAAAUAAAAGGAAAUUAUUAUACACUAAGUGCACUGUUAGGGAGUGGCAAUACAAAUAGUUCGGAAUUACAAAUAGUCAAUAAUGUUAAAACAACUCAUAUUGUUGAUGAAAAAGAAUUUGCAAAUAUCAAUGGUAUUACAUAUUCUUUAGAUACUUUGCUAUGUGAUGAUCCAGAUAUGGAUAUAAAACAAGAAAAACAAGAAAGCACUCUCGAAAAUAAUGUUUCAGGUCUAAAGAAAGCAGAUCAACAAAAAAAAGAAAAACUCAUUUCAAAAAAUGUAACAGACAUUUCGCUUAAUAAUGCUCAUAAAUGGCAUGCAAUUAAAAAAGGAAAUGGGCUUUUCUUUUGUGUGAUUUAUCUUGCUCCUGGAGAUUAUCACAGAUUUCAUUCUCCAACAAAUUGGGUUGUUGAGUCAAGACGUCAUUUUGCGGGUGAACUCUUCUCUGUGUCACCAUACAUGGUAAACCUGUUGCCAGAUUUGUUUGUCUUGAAUGAACGGGUAGCGUUACUAGGAAGAUGGAGACAUGGUUUUUUUGCCAUGAUACCAGUUGGUGCUACCAAUGUUGGAUCAAUCAGGAUUAAUUUUGAUCAGGUUCUUCGUACAAAUCAAAAAGGAGAUACUCCCGUUGGGACAUGUACAGAAAUGUCCUAUAAAAAUGCUAGUAAGCUCCUAGGUGGACAACCUUUAAGGAUUGGCGAAGAAAUCGGUGGAUUUUGCUUGGGUUCCACCAUUGUGCUAAUAUUUGAAGCACCGUUGAAUUUUAAAUUUUGUGCAACGCCAGAACAAAAAAUCCAAGUCGGUCGAAAAUCGUCGAUACUGUAUUAUUUCUCGUCGCUUCGGUGUUUCGCUGCUCGCUUUCGUCGGUUGUCUCUUCGUCGUAUUGUUGGCGGCUUUGAUUGCGCGGACUCUCGAACUCUUAGAGGACAACUUGAGUCAAAGCUACUUGAUGAAAUACAAAAAGUAUUGAUGAUUCAAGGAAACAACCCGCUCAAAGCCGGGAACCGAACCACUAGUACCGGUGGAGAAGAAAUGGGUUGGGAUUCGCCUUCCCAACCGACGAGAUACACCUCUUCGUGGUGGUUGGGACAA